CGGGCACGGGGGAGGGGGUCUCGGGGGAGGCCCGGCGGCUCUAAUUGGCUUCUCAAUGAAAGAUAAUCACCUAUUCCCUCGAGAGGCUGGGGAUUAGCACUCUGCCUCUCCUCGCCGGCGCGCUUAGACGUCUCGUCCCUGCCCUCGGAGCUCUCCGUCCGCUCGGCACCAGGGGCUCGCAGCCCGCGGCUCCCCUCUCCCGCCCGGCUUCCCUCGGCGCGCCCGCCGCCCCGGUCCCCGCGGAAACUUGGGCGGAGGGACCCGGGGAGGAAGAUGAGCGAGUUGGAGGAGGACUUUGCCCAGAUUCUCAUGCUCAAGGAGGAGCGGAUCAAGGAGCUGGAGAAGCGGCUGUCGGAGAAGGAGGAGGAGAUCCAGGAGCUGCGGCGGAAGCUGCACAAAUGCCAGUCCGUGCUGCCCGCGCCCUCGCCGCACAUCGGGCCGCGCACCACCCGGGCGCAGGGCAUCUCGGCCGAGCCGCAGACCUACCGCUCCUUCCACGACCUGCGACAGGCGUUCCGGAAGUUCACCAAGUCCGAGAGGUCCAAGGAUCUCAUAAAGGAAGCUAUCCUUGACAAUGACUUUAUGAAGAACCUGGAGCUGUCGCAGAUCCAGGAGAUUGUGGAUUGUAUGUACCCGGUGGAAUAUGGCAAAGACAGUUGCAUCAUCAAAGAAGGAGAUGUGGGGUCGCUGGUGUAUGUUAUGGAAGAUGGAAAAGUGGAAGUCACAAAAGAAGGCGUGAAGUUGUGCACCAUGGGUCCAGGAAAAGUGUUCGGGGAGUUGGCGAUUCUCUACAACUGUACUCGGACAGCUACCGUCAAGACUCUGGUGAAUGUGAAACUCUGGGCCAUCGAUCGACAAUGUUUUCAAACAAUCAUGAUGAGGACAGGACUCAUCAAACAUACCGAGUAUAUGGAAUUUUUAAAAAGUGUCCCAACGUUCCAGAGCCUUCCUGAAGAGAUCCUCAGUAAGCUUGCCGAUGUCCUUGAAGAGACCCACUACGAGAACGGGGAGUAUAUCAUCAGGCAAGGUGCAAGAGGGGACACCUUCUUUAUCAUCAGUAAAGGCACGGUUAAUGUUACUCGGGAAGACUCACCAAGUGAAGACCCACUCUUCCUUAGAACUUUAGGGAAAGGAGACUGGUUUGGAGAGAAAGCCUUGCAGGGGGAGGAUGUGAGGACAGCCAACGUAAUUGCUGCAGAGGCGGUGACCUGCCUGGUCAUUGACAGAGACUCUUUCAAGCAUUUGAUUGGAGGACUGGAUGACGUGUCCAAUAAAGCCUAUGAGGACGCAGAAGCUAAAGCAAAAUACGAAGCCGAAGCUGCUUUCUUCGCCAACCUGAAGCUGUCUGACUUCAACAUCAUCGACACCCUUGGAGUUGGGGGCUUCGGACGAGUGGAGCUGGUCCAGCUGAAAAGUGAGGAGUCCAAGACUUUCGCCAUGAAGAUCCUCAAGAAACGCCACAUUGUGGAUACCAGACAGCAGGAGCACAUUCGCUCCGAGAAGCAGAUCAUGCAGGGAGCUCAUUCUGACUUCAUAGUCAGACUAUACAGAACAUUCAAGGACAGCAAAUAUUUGUAUAUGCUGAUGGAAGUUUGCCUAGGUGGAGAGCUUUGGACCAUUCUCAGGGAUAGAGGUUCAUUUGAAGAUUCUACGACCAGAUUUUACACCGCAUGUGUGGUGGAAGCAUUUGCCUAUCUGCAUUCCAAGGGAAUCAUUUACAGGGACCUCAAGCCAGAAAAUCUCAUCCUGGACCACCGAGGCUACACCAAGCUGGUUGAUUUUGGCUUUGCAAAGAAAAUAGGAUUUGGAAAGAAAACAUGGACUUUUUGUGGGACUCCUGAGUAUGUGGCCCCAGAGGUCAUCCUGAACAAAGGCCACGACAUCUCAGCUGACUACUGGUCCCUGGGGAUUCUGAUGUAUGAGCUUCUGACUGGCAGCCCGCCGUUCUCAGGCCCAGACCCUAUGAAAACCUAUAACAUCAUACUGAGGGGGAUUGACAUGAUAGAAUUUCCAAAGAAGAUUGUCAAAAAUGCUGCUAAUUUAAUUAAAAAACUAUGCAGGGAUAACCCAUCAGAAAGACUAGGGAAUUUGAAAAAUGGCGUGAAAGAUAUUCAAAAGCACAAAUGGUUUGAGGGCUUUAACUGGGAAGGCUUAAGAAAAGGCACCUUGACACCUCCUAUAAUACCAAGCGUUGCAUCACCCACAGACACAAGCAAUUUUGACAGUUUCCCUGAGGACAACGACGACCCGCCACCUGAUGACAACUCGGGCUGGGACAUAGACUUCUAGCGUGUCUCUCUUGCCUGCUUCUGCCUUGCUGAAGCCAGCUUUCUCCGAGACACAGCUGCCAGCAAGCCUGAGGGACGGGGAGAAGAUUAGUGCUCGGGGUCACCAUGAUGCCUUUGAUCGAUGCUGCUCCAGUAACUACAGUGGCAUUAGGACUUAUUGCUUAGAUGACAAUAGUGCUCUUUCCAUGUUUUCUGUUUGAUGCUAAAAAUAGCAGUUGACAUGGUGGUCCUGAAGCAAAGCCUUUCACCAGUAAAGAGAGGUUUUCUAUUGUUGCAACGAUCUUGCUUUGCUCUGACUAUAAUUUGAAAGACUGUAAGAAAUACUUCAACCUAGGAAAAGGGCACGGUAGUUACCGUGGUACAAACCUGGGCUCUUCCUUUCCUUCGCGUGAGGCCGUGGGAUCUAUCAGUGCUGGCCGGUGUACAUACCGUACAAAAGAGGGCCACGCAUAUGGGUCACGGGGUUCAUGUCAAGCCAGUGCUAGACGGUUCCCGAUUUUUUUCCCAGCAGUGCUGAUGACGAGGCUGAAUGUUCCCUUUCCUUUCUGACAGAUUUUAAAAACUGACACGAUCAAAGCACAACUGCUGUGAGCCUCAUGGCGGGGUAUAGACGCGUUUUCACGGAGGACUGAAAACACCCACAACCUGCAUGACAUUUGUUUGUUUCUUCUUUGAUAAAUUGGCAUGACCGAGUGGAAAAAAAAAAAAAGCAAUUCACAAACCAUUUCAUAUAUUUUUAAAUAUUGUGCUUCAAGAUGGUCCUGGGAAUCAGUGACUAGCAGCCAAUUGAUUUUUGUUUAUUACCUGACACACUGAGGCUUAAAAGAAUCCCUUUUAUAAAA